CUGUGUAUUCUGGGAUAUUUGCUGUUUAUUCAAACCGUUUCUGUGUGUCUAUUUGAUUAGUGUGAUUACUGGUUAAAUAUUGUUUUAUUUGAUUAAACUCUUCACGUAACGAAUGCGUUUUAAGUAGCUAAUACCAGUCCAAGAGCUGUUACCUUUCCACUAAUGUCAUUGGCUACCGCAUUCAUUCCAACCAUUAUUCUUCGACUCUGAGCAACACAAGAUAUUCUUACAUAUAACCAUGACAACGACGAUAAUCUUCCUGUUUUUAUCUGUUGUUGCGACUGAGAAAAUCCCAAUACCAUACAACAUAAUUAGAGACUUUAAAGGAAUUGUACCAGUGAAGAUAUUUACGGCAAACGAACUCAAAGACUAUGGAGGGGCUGAUCCCACCAAACCCAUUUAUUUGGCCUUAAAAGGAGUCGUCUUUGAUGUAUCCACUCGCAGAGAAUUCUACGGAAAGAAUGCAGUAUAUAACCGAUUAGUCGGAAGAGAUUCUACCAAUGCUGUGGCUAAAAUGAGCCUCCAUGAAACAGACGUCAGUAAAGCACACGACAUUAGUGAUUUGAGUGAAACCCAAUUGAAGGAUCUGGAAGAGAUAUUUCACCAAGUUUAUUUGGCGAAGUACCCGAUCGUUGGAUUUAUGGAUUAUUUGCUGUCUGUCGAAGAAUUUGCCAAACAGAUAAAGCCUCAAGAUGAGCUGUAAAAGGAGGUUCCACAAGAAUUCUUUUACUCUUUUACUUGUCUCAGUCAUUUGACUGUGGCCAUGCUGGAGCACUGCCUUUAGUCGAGCAAAUCGACCCCAGGACUUAUUCUUUGUA